GCUAUACAGCAGAAUUCCAUUACCAAAGUGAUCAGCUUUGACAUCACAGAGGUGUGGUCCAGUUUUGUGGAGGAAGUGAGUUUACCUGGUGGUGCCAUACACUUACAGUUAAUCCAUAAACCCCUGGCACAUCUCUCUAUACAGAGGCCAAAGUACAGCAGGGUGGUGGAGCAGAAUAAAACGUAGCCAAGUCGAGGUAUAAUGGUUGGUUGGUUGCAGUGUUGUUCAGUUACAGGCUGUGUUGUGGUUGUCGGGAUUUACAUGGCAUCGCUCGGAGGAACUCACCCCAGAGUGUUGGCCCAGAGGAGGGAGAAGAUCACCGCUCUGCCCCUCUACCACUCUGGACACCUUCGGGUGAAGACCACAGGAACAAAGGUAUUUGCAGGGUAUUUUGGAGAGCUUCGGGGAUCCACCAUUUUUCUCUACACAGAUGAGCAGAUUGACACAUACUGUCAUAGGUUGAAGCUACAGGGGCUAACAGGGAUGGAGUUGGACCCGUCUAGUUCUAGACGGGGCCCGUGUACCUACAUCCUCUCCCUCCCCGACCAGACAAUCAGUUUACAGGUGGACAGUCCAGACACAGGUGAGAAGUGGAGAGGCUUCAUUAUGACUGUGGCUACGCUGCAGAUUCCCUCCCAGCUACAACUGCUUCCGGGUCAGACGUUACAGCUACAGGAAGUCCUGGAUCAGGAGCGCCAGAGGGCCAGCCUUCCCAUAACACAAUCCCCCUCAGACCACACCCCGAGACCCCGUUUACACAUUACUCAUGGCAACUCGGAACCUCCUGUGCCACCAGGUUUCCACAAGGUGACACGUCAGGAGGCGGAGCGAAUGUUGAUUGACAGCCCAGAAUACGGGGAAGUCAUCCUGCGCCCAGCAGCAAAGAGCAACAGCUAUGCCCUCACUGUCAGGCACAAAGGCUCCAGUGGUGGGAUGGUUCUAAGGCACUACAAAGUAAGACCCAGAGAUUCUGGCUUUGCCAUCGACCUGAAGAACACACCAGUGUCCGGCUCCAGUCUCCAUGACGUCCUACUUCUCUUCCUGUCCCAGACCAGGCAGUACCUGCGACCUCACAUCCGACCCCCAACCCCUGACACAGAUACCUAUGACACAUCGAUAGCAUAGUCACAAGAGACUAGGUAGUUAAAACAUUUAUCACACCGUACAUCUAUAAACACACCAUUUUGGAGUGUCUUUCAUCAUUUCAUCAUUUCUCUGCUGUUUGUUGGAUUCUAUCUUGAAAUAUACUUAUUCAUAUUACCAUAUUAGAACUGGGUGUAUGGAAAGUAACUGAGUGAGAAAAGGGAGUGCAGAGAGCUUACAUUCUGUUAGAACAUGUUAUUGUUAAAUCCCAUGUAUCCUAUGGAGAGGGGCAAAGGGCAACAGUCUGGUUUCAGUCACUGAUAACGUAGGACAGCCGUGGAGUAGGGAGGAGUGAGGAAUUCAGCUCAAGGUCAGGUCAGAUUAAGUGAGGAGGAACAGUCAGUCCUGUCACACACAUAUAUUUCCACGCCCAUGAAGGUUCUAGCAGGAGGCUACACCAAUGAGAGGAACCAAUUAAGUUCCUGACUAGCAACAGAGAUGAAUUGGCUGUCUAGAUGUGCAAGGAGUUGACUCCGCCUAGGAGGAGGGUAUAAAUAUAUGUGCUUGUCUUUGCAGCUGUUUGACCCAGUGGGGAAUAAACUUGUUUUGAGCUUUU